GUAAAUUAUAUGAACUUGUGGGGUGAAUAGGGCAAAACCAAUUUUCAAAAAAAAGGGAGGUUAGUUUUGUGUUUGACUUUAAGUUGUAGGUCAAUUUUGCAAAAACCCCUUGAUUUUUUCUUCAAGUUUUCAAAAGAGUCUUAAGCAACGUAUCCAUAUCUGCAAGACCAUAUGUAGAAUUAGUAAUUUCGCACUAGAUGAGAAUUAAUCUUUGGCCUAUACCAACAUAACGACUGUUCGUCUAAUAGAAACUAUCAGUCCACCAAAAUGUGAUUAACCAAUAGUGAUUCCAUCAAUAAUUUUUUUGAAGUUUACAACUUAUUCUUAGAAUCACACAAAAAUAUGUCCUUAUGAAACGUUUUUUGUUCCUAAAACAUUUAUCUUAAUGGUACGGAGGAGUAAAAAAUAAUAUUGUGUCUAUGAAAAGAUAUUAAUUAACGCUAUCAAAGUGAUUAAGCAUUAUCAUAAAAAAUAUAAAUCAGUGCAAGAAAUUCAAUUUUUUUUAAAAAAAAAUAAUUAAGUAUUGACUUAUAAAAAGUAGAAAAUAAAGAAAAAUGAAAAGCAACGAAUAUAUUUUGAAUUAAAAACAGAAUUUUGUAUUUAGAAAUAUUACUUAACCUACUUUUGUAAAAGUUUUGAAAAUAUAUAUUUUAUUCAGAAUAUUGGAUGGCUGAUAAAUAUGUUUAAAAAAACAAAACCAAAACCUGAUUCAAAAAUCUGAAAACAAUGACAGCCUAAAAUGAAAAUAAAACAUAUCUUCUGACCAAUAGGCCAAAUCUGGUAAACCUUUGAACAUGUAUAAUUUUAUCCAAAAGGGAAAAGGGAAUCUUUUUUCCCUUUUAACAUAACUCCAAGAUUCUCGGUCUAGUUCUUGUAAUAUAUAAAGACAAGCACUGACAGAAUAAACAAAACAGGUACAAAGGCAAUCAUUUGAGUUUGAAGUUGACUUUAUAACAGAUCAAAGUGCCUGUUUGAUUUUCGAAGCGAUCGUCUUCAAUGGAGGUGAUUCACUCAUGGUCUUGUCCAAGAUCACUCAGCACCGCUCUCAUGUACUCCUUUGCCCAGAGAGAUGACAUCGAAGUGCUGGACGAGCCAUUAAACGCUUCGUUCCUUAAAGCUACAGGUGCUGAUAGGCCAUACAGAGAUGAGAUUUUCGCUAGCAUGGAAAUUGAUGGACAUAAAGUGGUGAAAGACAUCAUUUAUGGUCCAGGAAAGAAGAAAUAUAGGUUUUGUAAGAAUUUGGCAAAACAUCGUAUUCUUGGCUUGCCAAGUGAACUAAUGAGUAAAGGAAAGCACUUUAUCUUGAUACGCAAUCCGGUUCACAUAUUGCCUUCUUUUGAUAAGGUAAUCCCAUUAUCAUUUCUCGACGUGGGAUUGGCAGACUUAGUUUCAAUAUACAGCGAUCUCUGCCAGAUGGGAACACCACCACCAGUCAUCGAUGCAGACGACCUUCAGCGAAAUCCCGAGGCUACGCUACGUGGUCUUUGUCAUGACUUGGAUAUCCCGUUUCAAGCCUCUAUGCUUAAAUGGGAGGCUGGUCCCAUACCAGAAGAUGGAGUAUGGGCUUCAUGGUGGUACAAAACUGUUCACGAAUCAACUGGUUUUUCGUCUCCGAGGAAAUACCCUCGUACAUUCAAUAUGAGGCAUUACGAUUUGCUGGAGCAUUGUUGAUGAUAGGAGUUUCAAGGCUCCUAAUCAAAUGUUGUAGUAUAAAGGAUGUCAAACCAGUUCUAAGUGAUUCUAAAGCAAAGGGAAUGCAAGACCAUGCUUAAUCUAAAUGCUACCAGUUUUUGAGAUGUUUUUAAACUAGAUUACUACCUAAAAUGCAAUAAAGGACAAAGCUUUCUUUCUUAUAAGAAGGGAGAACUCAUGGGCUAUGGGAAUCGAUCUUGGGUGAUCAAGAUUCAACCUAAAGGUGUCAACUUUGAACCAAUCUAUAUCUACCUUAGACCUAGACACAAUCCUAAACAAACUCUAUCCCUAGAUGAAUGCUCAUUUACCUAGAUAACUCAAGCAUCAAAUCCCUUUGGUUGAAUGUUAUCUAGGUAAUCAUUAAUCACAAGUCUACUAGCCAUCUUAACACCUUUAACAACAAAUCCCUUUGGUAAAGGAUGUUAAAAGCUUAGGAGAGUUGGUUCAGGCAUUUCAUCAAACACCUUCCGGGUAUGAAAUGCCUAGAGCUCAACUUUAGAGAGGCCAACUCUAAAGUUGCAUUAAAAGCCCUCUACUAGCAAGGAAUAAGAUUGAUCUACACCUAAACACCUUAGAUCUAGCUUAAUCACCCUUAAUCUCCCUAACCCAUGAAUCCAAAGAUGACUACUCACUACUUUCCAUGAUGAGCCCAAGAAUCAAAGAUGAUUUGGUGCUAAUCAUGAUUAGUGAUCAAGAUAAUCAAGCAAUCACAAGAGAAAAAUGAUCAAGAUAGGAUCUUUCACCUAAAAGUUCUUUUGUGAUUAGAUAGAAAACAAGAUAAGAUCCUACAAUUAGGUUUAGAGAGUAUUUAUGUGACUUCUAAAACCUAAUGGGCUUAAUUAAUCACUUCAAAAGCCCAAAUAAAACAUAAGUUUUCGACAUAAGAUAAAACGCGGCGCGGGUGCACUAGGUCGCUCCCAUAGGUCGCUCCGAAACACAUGCUUCACCUCUCCAAAACGCGCGCGGGUUGAUGACGUCGCUCCAGAGGUCGCUCUGCAUCCGCCGCGGGUGAGUGACGUCGCUGCCAUAGGUCGCUCCGCAUAAUGAAAGUCGUCGACAAGAAGUUGGGCUUGGAGCGGGUGUAUCACCUCGGUGCAAGACGUCGCGCCAGCCUUCGAUUCUUCUGGAGCGGGUGUCGCACGUCGCUCCCGUACCCCGCUCUGGUGCUUUGCUCGCCUAAACAACAUUUUCCACUCCCUUUUUGAUCCCAAAUGCUUCCAAGUACCUCUAAUAUCUCCAAUGGAAACUCCAAAACCUGAUAGAGACUUAUGCAGUGCAAAAAGAGACUAAAAUGCAUGAUUCCUAAUCUAGAUGAUCAAAACAUGCAAGAAAUAGAGGGUUAAAACAAUGUAAUUAUGCAAGAUAUCAACUCCCCCAAACUUGUAUCUUACUUGUCCUCAAGUGACUUGUAAGAACUCAUAGGGAGAGAGGUUUGAAAGUGGGAACUCAUAGCCAAAAGUAACACUUCCUAGCACUAAACUUAACAUCCUAAAGAAACAUAACAAAUAGCAUGAGCAUUCUCCUUAUUAUACUCUAGCUUCUCUAGGCCUAUCCAUACUCUUUUUUCCUCUACUCAAGUUGCAAUACUCUUUACCAACAAGUCCUUUCAAUCAGCUCUCACAUUGAUUCACACACACACACACAAGGUGAAGUCUCACAAAUGGGCACAUGAUCUCAAUCAUUUGGCUAGGCAUGCAAUGGUCUAAUAUGAAUGAAGAGAUGGGUUCAAAUGUUUUUAUUUAAGGGUGGUUAUCACUCAAAACAAGGAGCUUGAUCAUUAUGCAAAAUUUAUCUAAGAUUAGAAGCAACUCAUGCAUACAUAGAUUCCUUCUCAUCAUUCUACCCCAUUUUGUUGUAAAUGAUCACAAGUUCUACCCUCUUUAUCAUCAUCUCAAAAUCAAUCUAAACCCCCUCACAUCACUCACCCAAUGUACAACUCUCUUUUCUUUUCAUUUGACACACUCACUAGGGAUUUUAAUCCACUUUCCACAAGCUCUAACCUUUUUUCAUUUCUUUCCCCACUUUUUUUUCUUUUUUUUUUCUUUUAUAUUUUUUUUUUUUUUAGGGGAAAGGUUCUUUGUUACAUAAUCAAGAGCUUCUUUUCUUUUUUUUUUUAUCCCUAGGAGCUUUAUUUUCAUAUCUCUCAUCUUUCUCACUCUCCAAACCCAAGAUAUUGAAAUUUAAAACACACAAACCCCUCUCACAUCCCCAAAUGCUAACUCAUUGUGCUAGCAAGAGAUGAGAAUAAACCUAUGUCGCCUCCAAUACUCUCAAGAUUUUGCACAUGACAAGCUAUCAAAAGAGGCCUCACUCAUGCAAUUAAAUGUUUGGUCUCAAGGAAUGGUUAGGGUUUUAGGAUAAGGAGUGCCAUUUGGGUUAACAAAGAUAGGUAUGAAGGAAUAAGAUAACCCAAAUGUGUGUGAGAUCCAUGAUCAAGUAUGCGAAUGCCCAUAUGCAAGAGAAAUUAAGUUCAUUCAAGCCAAGUUUAGAUUGGAGCUGAUCUUAAGAACAAUGCUAACAUCAAGCAAGCAAACAAGUUUCAAGAAGAGUUUUCAAGGCUCGAAGCGUGCAAGGUUUUCAAGAGAUGCUUAAGCUACUUGAUAUGUUUAACUAGGGUGUCAUUUUGAGUUCUAGACAAGGGUUCUUUGCAAGGCAUUUUAAAUCAUCGUUCCCAAUGCAAGUGAAUGCAACCUAUAUGCUCUAGACUCAAUCUUAAAAGUGCAAGUGAUGCAACUACAUGUUUC